AAUACUUUAGUAGUAUUCAAACCUUUAUCUUGAAUCGACGCGCGAGUGUGGUAAAUAAAUAUGACGUUGUGAUCUCUAACAAAAUGAAUACAAUACUAAUUGGUAGUGUUUUGUUGCAUUUUUUUUCGAAUUUAAUAAGUGGAAGGGUUUUAGGAAACGGAUUGUUCAGGCUUGAUGCGAUUCAUUAUAAUGAUUUUCAUGCCAGGUUUGAGGAAACAACAGUUGAGUAUCCAGUUUGUACGUCAAACGACAGCAAUUGUCUAGGAGGCUACGCGCGAUUGUAUUAUGUAAUAACACAUCUAUUGAAGGAGAAACCAGGCGCUUUGUUAUUGAACGCCGGCGACACGUUUCAAGGAACCUAUUGGUAUACGCUGCUGAAAUGGAAUAUAACACAGAAGUUUAUAAAUUUACUACCAAAUGAUGUACAUACGAUUGGAAACCAUGAGUUUGACGACGGGAUAGCGGGCCUAGCACCGUACCUUGCGGCACUCCAUGCUCCUGUAGUGGUGGCUAACAUUGAUACAUCUAAAGAACCAAGCUUAAGUGGCCUGUAUACUCCACAUGUAAUCCUAGAACGACGAGGCAGGAAAAUCGGUGUGAUUGGUCUUAUAACAACUGAAACUCAGACAUCAUCAAAUCCUGGGCGGGUAAAAUUCCUAGAUCCGAUAAAAACGGUUAAGAUGGAGGCUCAAUUAUUAACUGAUCGAGGCAUUGAUAUUAUUAUAGUGUUGUCCCAUUGUGGACUCGAGGUUGACAAGAAAAUAGCGAAGUUGGUUGGUGAGAACAUUGAUAUAAUUAUUGGAGGUCAUUCACACAGUCUACUCUGGAAUGGCAAGUCACCCAGCAACGAAUAUAUUUCUGGCCCAUAUCCAGUUGUUAUUGAGUCGGAAGCUAAGCCUGGCCAUAAGAUUCCAAUUGUGACAGCUUCAGCCUUCUCGAAAUACGUUGGCAAUUUAACUAUGUACUUUGAUAGAGCCGGGGACUUAAAGUAUUUUGGAGGAAAACCAGUAUUCUUGAAUAGAUCUAUUCCUGAAGACCUCGAAAUAAAGCGAUUGCUUGAACCAUACAAACAGAAGCUACACGCAGUUGUAAAUGAAGAAGUGGGCUACACCAAGGAGGGUCUGAUAGCUGAAAGAUGCGGCCAGCAGGAAUGUGCUAUUGGGGAUUUAAUUGCUGAUGCUUUUCUCAAUAAGGAAAGAGAACUUAUAGAUGGAAACUUGACAAGUAUUGCUUUCUUGCUCAGAAAUAUGAUCCGAGGCUCGAUACCAAAAGGAGGAAUAACAAGAGGCGAGCUGUUGAAUACAUUGCCAUUUACAAAUUCUGUUGUUACUUUUCUAAUUAGUGGACGAUACUUGAUUGAUACUUUUAAAAUAUGCAUGACAAACUUCUGGCAGAGAAAUCCAUUUAGUGGCCCAUGGAUGCCACAAAUUGCUGGAUUUAAAUUAAAGAUUAACUUAACUGAAGAAGUCGAUGUAAAUGUAUUUGUCAAAGAAGGUGACGAGUAUCAAUUGAUGAAUCCGGACAAGGAAUAUCGUGUUACCACACUGACUUUCUUGAUAAGAGGUGGAAAUGCAUUUUCUUUGCUUCUACAACACGGCCGAGACUUCAAGAUAAUCGGAAAAGAAAUUGAAAUCGUCGAGGAGUACGUCAGAAAAAUAUCUCCUAUAACACCAACUUUGGAUAACCGACUUGUUGUUAUCAAUACAAAAUCUAAAAACUCUACUUAUCAAUGAUAAAGUAAUAAAUUAUUCACAACUA